AAGAGUCAUAGCUCUCAGCUGGCUAAUAGUGUUGGAGGUCAUAAGGGCUGCUGGGCUCAGGGAUGCCACCACUGCUCAUUGAGCUGCCACCUGCCUGGGAUCGGUAGGGGACUGAGGCCAGGUCACAGGCUCAGAGUUCAUCUCUGGCCACUCCAGGAGUCAGGACUUUCCUCUGACUUAGAUCCCGAAAUCAGCCUUCACUGAACAUGCCUGACACCCCAAUAGAAGACUCUAUCUUCCAUAUCAUUCAUUGCUACCACCUCUAUGCUGCCAGAGAGGGGGAUGUGGACACCCUAAGCCUGGACGAGCUCGAUGCCCUGCUCACAGAAAACAUGCCCCGAUUCAUGGAGGGUCUGGGCCGGAGUCAGCCAGAAUAUUUGAAGCAGCUGUUUCAAGUGGCCGACAAGGACAAAGACAACCAGAUCUGCUUUGAUGAAUUUAUCUACAUUGUGGGCAAGGUGAUGAAGGACUAUCACCUACAGUACCACCGGCAGCUGUGUGCCCACUACUGCCGGGCAAAUGGCCCGUACUGAAGGAUGCACCGAUUCCUCCUGACUUCUUCCUGCCACGGCGGCCCCGGGGGGCCUCAGGAUGCCAGUACCUGUGGGUUACCAGGCCAUAUGGGACGCUGGGAGUGGAGCUGCUUUUUCAGUCUGGGUUUGAUUGGCAUUCUAUAACUGUUUGAUCACGGGCAAGCCAUUUUACAUUUCUGAAAAGAGGUUUCCAUCCCUGUAAAAUGAAGAUAAUAAGAGUUGCAAUGCCAGCCUCA